AUAGAAGAAGAGAACGGUCCGUCGUAAAAACAGUCCCCUCGACAGGCUCUCAAAACAGAGGAGAGGAGGAGAAUGGAUGUCCUCACUCACAUUCUUACAGACCCUCUUGAGCCGAAAGAGGAAGAGGACGGUCAGAUCACUGAGGAGUGCAUGCUGGGUAACUGCAGGGUCAGCCUCCCAGAGGAACUACUUGAAGACCCCGAAAUCUUUUUCUCUGUGAUGAGUGAAAGCACCUGGAAUGAAGUACUGUCAGACUCCCAGAAGCAACACCUCAGUCAGUUUUUACCACAGUUUCCUGACGACGCAGAGCAGGGCAGCACCAUUACAGACCUGUUCAACAAUAGAAACUUUCAUUUUGGAAAUCCCCUUCAUCUUGCACAAAAACUAUUCCGAGAUGGCUACUUCAACCCUGAAGUCGUCAAGUACAGACAGUUGUGUGCCAAGUCUCAGCAAAGACGGCAGUUGUACUCUCUCCAGCAGUAUUACCACAGACUACUGAAACAAAUCCUCGUCUCCCGAAAGGAGUUACUAGAUUUUGCAGUUCACAACGGUCUGGACUUUCCACCGAAAAGAAAGCAACAGACAAGGAGUCACGCUGAAAUACGUGAGCAAAAGGUUAAAAGAAGGCUGAGACGCAUCUUAAAGGAGGUUAAAAUGGAGUGCUGCGACAGCAAUGCUUCAUCUGAUGAAGAUGAUCUAUCCUUGUGGACACCGGCGCCACAAUCUCCCUCCUCCCCGAUACCCACCGUCUCACUCAGAGUUCUGCCCAGCCUCUCCACCCAAGAUAUGAAGACUACUGAAAAAAUCCAGCUUGGAGAACAGGACUUGAAGGCCAUGCUCCAAAACCAUCGGGAAAAGAGGAAGCGACAACCAGACCAUCCAGACUUGAUGACCUCAGAUAUCCACCUCUGUGACAUACUCUCCAGGGCCAAUAUUGGUCGCAAAGCAGCCUUAUCACUCUUUGAGCUAUCUCUACCCAAGAAAAAGAUUAAAGAUGAGCGAAGGAAGAAGAAAAUGAAGACGGUGAAAGUGGAAGCCGAGGAUCCUUGUGAUGCUCUUACUUCAGAAACCUCAUCAGUCCCUCUGGCAAACAUCAACUCCCUGCCAGACACCCCAUCGAUACCACUGGCCAACAUCAAGGAGGAAAUCCUGGAGGAGCCUCAAAGCAGCCCGGUCGUAGUUGAAGAACUAGCUGUCAGUUUCUUCAGCUUGUUGGAGACCAUCUUGAGGGCAGAACAUCUUGCCAGCACUUCACUGUUAGAGGAAAAAGUCCAAAUGUGGCAGUUAUCUCCUGCCAGUUCGCUCAACUCCUGGUUUUCUUCUGCCUCCUGCUGGUCUGAAUUGGUCCUCCAUGCUCUGCAGUUUCUUGCAGGAGAAAGUAAAGAAGGUGUAAUGGCUCUCCCCAGUGGCUUCCUGCCAUUUGUGGAAUUUGUUGAUGAAACGCAGCAGUGGAAGUGGAUCGGACCCACUCACGAUGCAGAGAAGGACCUCAUUGCACUUUGUCAGCUAUGGCUGGACUCCAAAGAUUUGGUUGUCAAGACAGAAAGUGAAGAGCUCUUAGAGAUGACACCGCCGAUGCCACGAGUGUCAACUGAUUAUGUGGUGAGACCCAGCACAGGAGAUGAGAGACAACUGUUCCAAAUUCAGGAGCAGCAGCGAUACAAUCAACCUCACAAAGCCUUCACGUUUCGGAUGCACGGCUUUGAAUCCGUGGUGGGACCUGUUAAAGGAGUGUUCGAUAAAGAGAUGUCGCUCAACAAAGCCCGGGAGCACACCCUGCUCCGCUCGAACCGCCCACCGUAUGUCACAAUCCUCUCGCUAGUGCGGGAUGCAGCAGCCCGGCUACCCAAUGGAGAAGGAACUCGUGCAGAGAUCUGUGAACUGCUCAAGGACUCGCAGUUUCUUGCCCCAGAUGUCACAAGUGCACAGGUGAACACCGUUGUCAGCGGGGCUCUGGAUAGACUACACUAUGAGAAAGACCCCUGUGUGAAGUACGACAUCGGACGCAAGCUGUGGAUUUAUCUUCACCGCAGUCGUAGUCAGGAAGAGUUUGAGAGGAUCCACCAAGCUCAAGCUGCUGCUGCAAAAGCAAGAAAAGCUCUGCAGCAGAAGCCCAAACCUGCAUCCAAGCCUAAAUCUGGAAGCAAAGAUGGAGGUAGUAAAACAUCUGGAUGUUUGGAAGCAGGACAGGAUAUAGGUUCCAGUCCAAUGUCACCAACCCCCUCUACGCCUACCCCAAACACACCCGGGACCCCAAAGUCACCCUUACCCUGCACAGCCUCCACACCAACAAAGACUGCAGCCCCUGAUGCAAUUAAAACCAGCACAGGCGUCCUCCUCAUGUCUCCCCCUUCCUUGCCUCAGCUGGGGUCCAUCUUACCCACCAGUCAAGCUACUCCGGCUGCAUCACAGCCUGUCACUUCCCAACACACGGCACGAAUAGUGAGUCACCUGGCAGCAGGCUCCCUCCCCCAGGUGAGGGUCGUCUCUGCUCCACCUGGACUGGGCUCUCCAGCAGUAAGUCAGCAGGCUGCACUGGUCCAUCAGAGCCCUCAUCAGAUCAGGAUGCCGGUGUCAGUGGCGGCCAAGGGCAUCCCACAGGCAGUGGUGUCGGUGCCUCUGAGAGGACAGUCUGGUAGUCCAGUCCACAUGGCGAACACGGUCUCCACAGUAACUGUGGCCAAACCUCAGACUGGGUCACCUGGUAGCCCAGCCAGCAACCCAACAACAACGCCUGCUGUGCUGCAAGGAGUGGCCAGCCCCAACAUCAAACAGGUGUCAAUCACUGGCCAGUUAGGAGUGAAAGCUCCAGGAGCAGCAGGAAUUCCACUCACUGCCACAAACCUUCGCAUCCAGGGUAAAGAUGUAUUGCGUCUUCCACCUUCCUCCAUCACCACAGACGCCAAAGGUCAAACGGUCCUCCGGAUCACCCCGGACAUGAUGGCGACUCUCACCAAAUCUCCAGUCACUACAGUUAAACUAACUCCGGACUUCCUGGGCACCGCCACAGCAGGCGGCAACAAGAGCAUAUCAGCCACUCUCCACGUCACAUCACCCCACCCGUCAGCCUCCGCCGUCACUGCCGCUGUAUCCUGCACAGGGGAGGCCCCCACCACUAAAGCUGCACCCAUGGCUUCCACCCUGUUGAAAGCCGCAGGGGACACGGCCAUACGUCUCAUGCCCACACUGGCCGUCACUGUGGCGGAACAGAAAUCUCGCACUUUCUCCACAGUCACCUCCCCGGACAAGAGCGGCACCACCAUCCGUAUUAUGCCAGGCCUCGGGGUGAUCCCACAGAAACAGGGUCAGACCAUCACUAUGGCCUCCACCAGUGGCAGCAAGCCACCCACGGUGUCCACCUGUGCCAACGUCAUGACCAUGGCCACUAACGUAGUGGCUGGGGCCAAGGGCAUGACAGUGGCCACUGGAGCCUCUACAUCUCCUCUCAAGCUGGGAACAGCCACCGCCACUGUGCGCCAGGUCCCUGCCACCGUGGUCAACACACAACCAGGGAAGUUACCUGCACGGAUUACAGUUCCUCUUUCUGUCCUCAACCAACCACUGAAAAGUAAAAGUGUGGUGACUACACCUAUUGUGAAGGGAAGUCUCAACACAAAUAUCGGCAGCCUGGGGAGGAACAUCAUACUGACCACCAUGCCUGCAGGUGCCAAGUUGAUCGCUGGGAACAAACCAGUUAGCUUUGUCACGGCACAGCAGUUCCAGCAGCUGCAGCAGCAAGGACAGGCCACACAGGUACGCAUCCAGACGGUUCAGGCCCAACAGCUUCAGCAACACAUGGCUACAGCUUCCCCCAAAUCUGUCUCAACAGUCGUCGUCACAACGGCGCCCUCGCUAAAAUGUCCGCCUGAUCUUCCACCUCCAGCUCCUCAAUAAUUUCAGCGAGCCAUAUUCAGUCAACUAUGUAGUUAUUUGUGUGUUUCUGUGGCAUUUCUGUGUGUCUGAUAUUUGUUAUCAAUGUCAGACAAUGUUAAUUAAUUUAAACGACAGUACAUUUAAUUUCCUUAAUAUUAAAGCAGAGUAUGUUGAAUUAUGAAUAUCACUGAUUAAAGCUCACACUUUCACUCUGUAUAAGAUGUAUGGAUAUUCAUUAAGUCUUAGGUGUUUUUAUGUGUGCAUUUUGGACCAUAAUACGAUCAGAUUUCAACUCAGGCUUUUUGUAUUUUUGUAUCAAUCAAAUUUGAGUUGCACUGUGAAAAGAAUCAUUCAAUAAGACAAAACCACAAAAAAAAAUUCAGCCAUUAUUCCUCCU